GCUCAAUGUGAAGUGGGAUWCGAAAAGAAGUUAGUUUACAAGAUAUUUUACUACUGUGGUAAGUAGAACACGUUAGUCAUACUAAUGCUCUUAAGUAAUUACAUUGCAUUUUUCCUAUUUUUCCAAUUUCCUUUUAUCUUUUUUUUUUUUCUAGUUCAAUGCGCAUUGGGAACAUAUUUCAACGGAGGGAAAUGUACCAUGUGCACUGCGGGUACAUAUCAGGACAAACGUGGACAGACCACCUGCAAUAAGUGCCCAUCAGGGACAUCAUCUCUUCAAGGGGACUUUGUCUGUAGAGAUCUUUGUCCAGCUGGUACGUUCUCAAAAGACGGUAUGAGGCCAUUCUGUACACUUUGUCCACAAGGCCAGUUCCAGGACCAAUCCGGCCAAACUAAAUGCGCCGUUUGCCCACAAAACAAGUUUACAAACACAAAGCUUGGAGCAACUUCAUGUCAAGAUGUGAAACCACCAAGCCAGGGACAAAAUGGUUUGCUAGAGAUAAGUUCAGUCAAGAAACCAGAAAAAUGGCGUAUUAACGUAGACAAAGAC